AGAGAGGUGAGGUCUCAUGUCAAAUAGUGUUUACUGGUGAUUUCUUUUUUAAAUGACAGCGCCCUGACAGUCAACACCAAGGGAUUAAAAAAAAAACAGAAGCCAAAGAAGACCUUUUUAAAAACAAAAACAGGGAGAAAGUGAAACAACUGCAAGGUGGUUUGUGUGUACAGAGCAGCUGUCACAUCUGUGGGUCACAUUUGAACAAUUCCUUUUCCUAAAACCACGUGGACAAGUCACCAGAGUUCAUGUGUGACAUAUACAGCCUGGACUCUCACUGCGUGUCUCCACCAUGCAGCAUGAGUUGGGCGAUGGAGCCUGCUAACUUCUACGAGAGCGCCAAGCUGAGUGGGCCGCAGCAGGGGGUCUGCAAGCCGGGCAGCAGGAGCGUGGACGGCGGCGCAGGCGAGGACGGCACCAUGGUGGAGCUGAGCACCGCCCCUGCCAUGUACGACGACGAGAGUGCCAUCGACUUCAGCCAGUACAUCGAGUCGAUGACAGCCGUGCCCAACCUGGAGCUCUGCAACGAUGAGCUCUUCCUCGACCUGUUCAACACUGUGAAGCAGGAGAAGGCGGAUUUCUACAACAUGCCGAGCUCCACGGUGCUGCCCGGCGGCAUGCAUCAGCUGUCAAGCGGGUACACCGCCGAGAGGAAAGCGGACAGCGGGCUGGAUAAGGGGGUGUUCAGCGCACCUAUCAAGCAGGAGUCCGACUGGAGUGACAGCGACAUGUCCUCAUCCCUGCCCUCCCAGAUCGAAAACUGCGCUCAGACCUCUGUCAGCCUCCCCACGGGGCAGCCGACCCCACCGACGACCCCGGAGCCCGUCUCCGCUGGCAGCUCGGCCAAAUCCUCCCCGCGGAAGAUGGGGAGGGAAAAGAGCAAAAAGGCAGUGGACAGGUACAGCAUGGAGUACCGUCAGAGGCGAGAGAGGAAUAACAUUGCAGUGAGGAAAAGCAGGGACAAAGCCAAGAUGCGCAACGUGGAGAUGCAGCAGAAGCUGCUUGAACUGUCCUCUGAGAACGACAGGCUUCACAAAAAUAUCGAGCAGCUAACCAGAGAGCUCACCGGGCUCAGGGAGUUCUUCAAGCAGAUACCCAACUCCUCCUAUGUGGGCUCCUCCACGGGUGAGAGCCGGUGACAAAAUUCAUGUGUCACUUUCUUCUACGAACUGAGCUUUUUAGGAGACAUACCUCAAACAGACAAUUUCGUCUUACCAUCUGUACCAGAUGUAUUUUAAGCUUACCAUAAUGGCACUGGAAAAUAUAUGAUGUUGCUGCCAUAUUUUUGUGGGAUUUACUCUGUAUUAAAUUAUUUUACCACUGCAUUUACAUGAUAUGGUACAUGUUUUAUAAUUCCAAACUUUGUAUAAGAGCCAGAGCAUGAUCUUUUAUAUAGUUUGUAUGAAACCUUGAAACAUUUUUUUGUUUAUGAAACAUAUAAUAAAAAUUGCUUA